UUAUAAGCAGCUUGUACUAGCUCCCCCAAGGUGUGCAAACCCUCUCUCUCUCUCUCUUUCUCUCUCCAGACUGAUGCUUUUAUCAGCAGCUUUUACUGCAAUUAUUUGGUAGGCAUUUAUUUCGAAGCAGCGGGACUUCGUAGAAGAACAGCAGGACCUGCUUUUUUUUAUUUUCGCAGUCGUGCAGUCUUCAAAUUGCAUGCCAGAGAGAGAGAGAGAGAGAGAGAGAGAGAGGAGAGAGAGAUUGAAGACUGUUGGAAGAUGCGUCCGAAGAUCGUUCUGUUUGGAGACUCCAUCACAGAAGGGUCAUUUGCUGAUGGGGGUUGGGGCGCCUCUCUCGCUAACCAUUUCUCUCGCACGGCGGACGUGGUUCUGCGGGGUUACAGCGGGUAUAACACUCGAUGGGCGCUGGAAGUGGUGGAGAGGGUUUUCCAAUUUGGUAGUCCCGCGGAAGAAGCAGCGCCUCUGGCGGUGACCGUGUUCUUUGGCGCGAACGACGCUUCCCUUCCCGAUAGGAGUAGCGCCUUCCAGCACGUGCCCCUCCAUGAAUACAAGCAGAAUCUCCACGCCAUCAUCUCCUUUAUCAAGAAGCAGUGGGCUACUACUUUCAUACUACUCAUCACUCCACCUCCCAUUGAUGAAGAAGGGCGACUCCAGCAUCCUUAUGGAGAGAGCCCUGACGGUCUUCCCGAAAGGACGAAUGAGGCUGCUGGCGCUUAUGCAAAGGCCUGCAUCUCUGUUGCUAAUGAAUCCAGUUUACCAGUGGUGGAUAUUUGGUCCAAGAUGCAACAAUUUCCUGGCUGGGAGAAAGCUUGCCUCAGCGACGGUUUGCACCUUACUGCAAGUGGGAACAGAAUUGUAUUUGAGGAGGUGGUGGAAGCGCUUAAAAAGGAUGGCCUGAGGCUUGAAACCUUGCCUGCCGAUCUCCCGCUACUGAGUGAGAUCGAUCCUCAGGACCCACUCAAAUCUUUCAGGAACUGAGACAGUUAGUUGGACUUCAAUCCUGUUGGGGAUUCAUGGGUUUCAUCUGUAAUUCAGGGAGAAGAAAAAAAACGUCAAGUAGUGCCAUUGAUGGGCUCCCUUUAACAUGGUUUUUCUUUUCAUUUA